AACUGAAGGAAGUCGUUUGACAAGUCAACUAAUUUUUUUUAAUUAAAAAAUUACUCUUCCAAUUACCGCAUCCAAAUACUGUAUAGGGCAUUUGUAUAUUUAAUUAAGAUUUUGUCUGUAUUUUAAUUUUUGUGUAUUUACUAGACAAUAAUUCUAUGGGAUAGUUUAAAAAGGUUAAUGAGUUUACAAAAGAGUAAAAAGGGGAGUUAAAAUUAAUUAAACCGUAUAUACAUAAACCGUGUUCAUAAGAUAUUUUUGAUUAUAAUGCAUUUAACAUUAAAACAUACAAGUCUUUUUAAUACUGAAUAUGGAUUUUGAUAAAAUUUUAAUGGAUGUUGGAGAAUAUGGCUCGUAUCAAAAAAGAUUAAUGUGGAUAAUUGUUUUACCUUGUGUAUUACCAUGUGGAUUUCAUGCAUAUAAUCAAUUAUUUAUGGCUGCUACUCCUGUGUUUUGGUGUAAAGAAGACAAAAAUUCUAAUUAUACAUUUAAAACUAAUACAUGUAUUGACAUAAAUAAUGAAACCUGCGAAAGCUGGGAUUAUGAUUUUAGUCGUUACUCGUCUACAAUUGUAACCGAAUGGAACUUGGUUUGUUCUAAACAAUUUUAUCCAACCCUAGCGUUAUCAUUAUUUGGUUUAAGUGGAUUGUUCGGAAUGCUGUUAUUUGGAUAUCUUCAAGAUGGGUUUGGUCGACGACCAUCAUUUUUUAUUUAUUUAUUCAUUGAAUGUAUAUUUGGUGUAACUACAGCUUUUGCGAAUGAUUUUUGGACUUGGUUAAUUUUUAGAAUUGGUGUUGGAUUUACCAUACCUGCGAUCUUAGCUACUCCAAAUGUGCUCCCUAUGGAAUUUGUGGGUCCGACUUAUAGAACUACUUGUAUUUUACUUACUAAUAUAGCUCAUUCUAUUAGCAUGGUGCUUUUAUCUCUAUUAUUGUACUUCUUUCGAGAUUGGCGUCAUCUUGCUUUAUCGACAUCUUUGCCUUUUAUCUUAUUUUUUUUAUAUUGGUGGGAAUUCCCAGAAUCUCCGAGAUGGCUACUUGCUCGAGGAAAUUUCGAUGAAGCUAAAACUAUUUUACAGAAAAUAUCAAAAACAAACAAAAAAAACAUUUCUAGUUCUUAUUUUGAAAAUUUGAAAGUAGAAUUUAUUGAUAUCCAGAAAAUUCAAAAAAAUAAAUCAAAUGAAACUUACAAUAUGAUGCAUUUAUUUAAAAAUCCAAAUUUACGUUUUAAAACUUUUUCAGUAACAUUUAUUUGGUUUGUCAAUACAACUGUUUAUGUUGGACUUUCUUAUUACACUCCAUCUUUAAGCUCUGACGAACAUUUAAAUUUUUUCUUAGUAAGUAUAGUUGAAUUGCCAACUUAUAUAUUACUAUGGCCCGCUAUGAAUAAAUAUGGCCGGAAAAGUUUGUUAUGUACAAGUAUGCUAAUAGGUGGAAUUGCUUGUUUAUCUACUAAUUAUCCUCAAUUAGAUGACAUGUGGGUAUUACUAAUGUUUUGUACUGCAAAAAUGGGUAUAUCAACAUCUUAUGUUGUUCUAUCACUGUUUGCACCAGAAUUAUAUCCAACUGUAGUUCGAGGACUAGGUAUAAGUGUUAGCUCUGUUGCUGGUAUGAUUGGACCAGUUGUUAUACCACUAAUUAAUUAUAUUGGAUUAGGAUCACAGUUAACACUUACAGUAUUAGGAGUUUUACAAAUUUUUGGUGUAUUUAUAACUUUAAUUUUACCAGAGACAAAAAAUUGUAAUUUACCUCAAACAUUAGAUGAUGCAGAAGUAUACAAAUAGAAAUUAAGUGAAAUUGUUUUUAACAUAAAUAAAUAUGAUAAAUAAUGAUGAUGAAAAUGAUUGAAUUAAAAUGACUUAAUGAUAAAUUAAAAAAAUUAAUAAA